AUGGACUGAAAGAGAAAUACUAUAAAAAUUAAAUCGUGAAGCGUAUCUUUUGAUUGAUUCUAAAAAACAAAACAAAACGUAGUCUCUGAAGACGCUGGAAACCGGAAAUCCUUUUACCAAUUUUGCACAGUGUUAUAGAAUAGUAUUUUUUUCCCCUGGCCUACGUUAAAGUUGAACCUUAUUAGACUAAAGAUUUCAGCAUAUUGCAUAAAAAGUAUCUUUGUUAUUUAUGUAUUUAAGGCCUGUGGGCGUCGAAAACCUGUAAAUGUUUUCACAGACAUUGCACAACAUUCAAAGACGUUAAUUUUCUCUUUUGGCCCAUGUUUGAAGUUAAAUGCUUACCUAAGUAUUUUUUUUUUUUGCGUAGAUAUAGAAACAGUGCUUAAAAAAUAAAAAUGAAAAUCAUGCCAACAAUAAUCUUAUUUUGAAAUGUCAACCGGAGGUGGAAACCAAACUAGUAUUAGUACCUCAGUAGCCUAGCACUAGUGUACGUCUCUCACCGGUCGGUGUUGCCAACAAACUCUCCCUGUCAUGGCCGUGCUGCAGUGUUGUACGUUAUGACAACCCACGCCGCGAUGAUGACCGACAUCUCUGAAGAGCCGGAAAAGGACAACUUGCUCGAAGCGCCACGAAGUUUGACGGCACCCGGUUGUGGCACAAGGCCCAAAAAUGGUGAUGGAAGCAUCAGGCCGACAGAGAAGAGAGGACCUUACAUCAUGUCCAGAGCGCCGGCCAUCCACCUCAAACUACAAAAACACAGGGAGCUAGCUAGGAAAGCUCUGAAGAAGAAGGGUUUCUCACCAGGACCUCCUGUCAUGCAUCAGCCCAGACAAGGAGCCAAGAGAAAAGUCAAGUAUAACAAGGGCUACGCUGCUUUGAGUCAACAUGCUGAGGAAACUUUGAUUGCACUGGAUUCAGACAGUGAUAACGAGAUUGAUUUUGAGCAGUGCUCCUCGGGCUAUUCCUCGGCUGAGAUCCAUCCGGACCUGAAUAGGCAGCUGCUUCAAGAUGGCUACCGACUGGAUGAGAUUCCCGACGAUGAGGACCUGGACCUGAUUCCGCCCAAAGCCAUGGGUUCGUCCGUGUGCUGCUGCGUGGAGGUUCCGUCCUGCUGUACGCAGUGAAAGGCUGCCACUCUAUUGCGUCCCACCAAAGCAGGUUUGUAGUGGGUGUCGGACGCUGGCACUUGCUGCAUUCUUGCUGUCCCAGCACUGCAGCUGUUUCCUUCUCUGGAACCGGCCGGGCUUCUUCUGAGUUGCACGACAGCACAGGUGGACAGCAGGGAAAAAAAAAAAAAAAGCCUUAUCCACUGUGACUUUGAAGCUUGACCUAUUUUUCCAUUUUUUUUUUUUUUUAUAUGCAAGCAGUACAAAUCGUCACUUGUCUGGACUUGUGGCGUCUUAAUGUUUCAUCUGCAAUUCUAACAUUAUCUGACUGCUGUUACAUUAUGCCACAUAUUCUCAUAUUUAUCUGCUUAAUGGUUUUCUAUAUCUUAGGAUAUCAAAUACACAAAGUGUCUGUAUGGGGUUGAGUGAUGGUUUUUUUUUAAUGGAUGUAAUGAUUUGUAUGAUCAUUAAUGGGCAUUGUUAUGAUACUGAGACUCACUCCCCUGCUAAGAGGUAAUAGGGCCACAUUGGAAAAGAGGGGAGGGGCAACUAUACUACAAGAAUAAAGUCUCUUUUUCGGAGGAAAAAUAAGCACUUUAAUAUUACAUGAAAAGUUGUAAUACUAUAAGAAACGUCCUAUUUUUAUGACUCAUAUUGUGAGGGGAAAAAAAAAAUUCUGGGCUAACAUAUAAGCGUUAUGCUUCCAAGAUAUGGUUUUAUUCAUGUCGCUUAACAAGUACUUUUCCACCACAUUGGGACUUGUUUCAUGGAACAUAAAUAGCCUUGCAACAUCCAAUAUUUACUGUCAUAUCAUUAUGACUUUGUCAUAACUAUACAUGUUUAGUCCAUAUUACUUUUUUUUACAACAUUGGAACUUUAUUCUCAUAAUGUUACGUCUUUAUUCUCAUGUUGCAUUGUUCUUGUCACGUUAGUGUGUUAUUCUUGCAAUGUUGGAAUUAUUUUAUACUCACAUUGCAACCUAAUUCUUGUAAUAUUACAACUUUAUCUUAAUCAUAACAGGAUUUUUUUUCUUGUACCAUUAGGACUUUAUUCUUGUAACCCCAGCUUUAUUAGUGUAACGUUCCAUCUUUAUACUUGUAACAUAACUGCUUCUUUCUUGGAGCAUUAUGUUCUUGUAAUGUUAGCUUUAUUCUUAUAACAUUAUGACCUCAUUCAUGUAACAUUAAGACUUCAUUUCCAUAACCUUAUAACAUUAGUCUUGUUACAAUGGGACAUCACAGUCUCAACACUGACUUUAUUCUUGUGAUGAUAUUUUAUUCCUGCAGUAUUAUGACUCGUCAUAUUAAAACUAAAUCCAUAAAACAGA